AUGGAUGGAGGCCCAAAUGGAACGGUAGAACAUUCCAAUCCCAGUGACGACGGAAGCAGUCACAUAAACAAUGGAAACGGUCAAGGUAACAACCACGAGAACGGCCAAGUGAUAAAACAAGAAAUCGGCGAAGAAGAAGAAGAAGAACAAGAGUGCCAGCUCCCAAAAAUACCACACAUCACGGAAAAUCUACUACCUUUGGCCAACGUGCUAAAGUACUACUCGCAAGAGGCAUACAAACAACUCCUAACAGCAAUUGAAAACUUGUCCAUCAAUGCCCAAGAAGAAAGCGACGUUAAGCGGAAAAAAUAUCUCUUGGACGUGAUUGUUUCUCUCCGUCAGGAUUUCAUCAAGGUUUACACUUUGGUGAAAUGGAGCAAUGUCUCUCAAGACGUGUCAAAGUUCAUCGACUUGCUCAAUUGGUUUCGACAUCAGGAUUUCAAUUUUGAACAGUUGAUGUUUCAACUACAAACUCUACUGGGGUAUGGAGCUGCAAAAUUGCCGAAUUUCGAUAUUGCCACUGCUUUAGAGGUGUUUUACCAUGGUCGACCAACACUACCGUCGCGCAAUUAUUUGAAAAGAAAGAAAAUCAGUCCGCAAAAAGUGCUUGAAGUGCUCCAGGAUCUAAACUUGGCUCUCAUGACGAGAUUUGCCUUGAUGGAAAUCCCGCUGCGGUUCCAGUAUGAAAUUAGAGAUGGCCGGGCUUAUAUCCGGGUGGCCAAUGAGUUUGAAGUUAGUAUAACUCUGGCUAGCGAUGCUAUAAUCGAAAAUGAUCAUGUUCACGGUGAUGAUGAUGGUGAUGAAAGCAAAAAAGAAAAAGAAUCAAAAGAAUCAAAAGAACCAAAAGACAAGAACGCUGGGAAUCAGUUUUAUAUAAUUGAUUUCAAGUUCUUGUUUGGCAUAAACCCAGGUCUGAACUUGAUUGUUCAUGGCGAUGGCGACGAUGGCGGCGUUGUUACGCGGCUCCCACCUAGAUCGUACGCCAAAUUGGAAAGAAUUGCUAAUCAGACUUUGGUCACUCUGGGGCUUCAAGGGUUGUAUGAGUUGCUUCAUAAAUACACCAUCUCAUUCAAGUUGUUUCUCAUCGCAAAGCAGUUGAGAGAGUUGAUGAAUACUACAAAGUGGAAAAACACCUUGCAAAUUAAUUACCAAACGGGCAAUUCCAUCAUCAUUGUCAAUUACUGGUCACUGAAUCAUCUUUCCCAGAAUUGGAGAUCGUUUAUCGAGAUUGGCAUUGACCGUAAUUUCAAUUUAAACUAUCGAUGGUUCAAAAAUGGUCGAUAUGAGAGCCAGGCAGUUGUUAAUGAAGUGGUUCAAGCCAACGCCAAUCAAGACGACGACAACGACGACUUGUUUGAUGAGAUGGGGUGUAAUGAAAUCAACAUCGAGUCCGUCAUCAGCGCAUUCAUGCUUGAGCACUCGGCUCUGUUGAUGAAAACCGUGUUUAGCAAGUUUGAACUAAAGUCAUCGCACGAGAUUAUCAUGCCGUCACCACAUGAAAUGAUCUUUUCCAUUUCGCCGAAAAAGACAACGGCGAUGGCCAUCAAUUCGCUAACGGGCCACUUUUAUUUCAUCAACCCGACACCAAUACAAACGCGAAUACUCAAGAGAAUCAAUUCGCCCAAACCGCUCACGGCAAACUUGCCAAUGGGCAAUAAACUGUUUGUGUUGGAAAAUGAUGUAGCCGAUUGGGUAAUUGAAAACUUGUUGCAGUUGAAACUCGAGACUUUUUCCAAGGAGGUGAAUAAUUAUCUCACCACCACGGAAUGGAUCCACAAUAGCAUCAUCAAGAUCAACGAGAAUGAAUUCAACAAGUUGUUGUUGUUGCUGCUGCUUCUUCGAUCGUCGGUUGACGCAAGUGUGGGGUUCAAUAGGAUUCAAUUCUAUCGACGCAAGCACUGGCCGUCAACGUGGUUUCUCAUUGUUAUGAUUAGUGGAGUCACCACCAAGACGUAUUGGUGGGUGGCGAGGAUCAAAUCCAUCGAGGCCACGUGGGUUAUAAACCACUCGCAGCAGCUAUUCUCGAAUCCUGAGUUGAGCUAUGAGUUUUUCAAGAAUUUGGGCAAGUCGGCAUUUCAAAAGAUUAUCAAUCACGUCAUUUUGGAAGAGCUUGAAUCGAAACAGGUGAGCUUUAAAGAAGUCAAUGGAGAAGCGGAAGCAGCAACGGCUCUACACGAAUUUGCACUUGAAAUACCAAGCGUCAAGGAAGACGGGUUCAUCAUUCACGACUCCUUGAUUGAAAUAGACAAUAAUAACAAUGUUUAUAACAAUGAGUUGCUACCGUUGGAAAACUCCUCGGCCAAAUUGUUUCUUCAGAUUCAACUCAUCAAUCAAAACAAUGUCAACAUGAUGUAUUUGAAGCUAUUUGGCAAUCUAAAGAACCUGGCCAUAAAGAACUCCCCGGAGUUGGCAGAGCUUAACAUACACAUUGACGAAGCUAAGCAAACUUUUGAGAUUACAAAAUCGCUACAUUUAAGCCAGGUCAUUAAUGAGUCGAAAAAGGACCAUUUCCUCAACUCGAUAUUUGAUAAUUUGAACAAAUUGAGCAACUUGCUCAAAAUGUUUGACCAGCUUAAAGCUGGCAAUGUGCAAAUAUUGGACACGUCAAUGAACAAUAUCGUGGUUAGAGUCAAUGACGACCUUGACAAAUUGGUGAUUCGACUCCCCAACCACGCAUCUGAAUCGCUUUCCAUUUCAACCAUCGACGUCAAGAAAUGGGAAGUCGAGCUCAUUAUCCACUACGUUAACCAUUUCCUACACCAGAACCACAGUGAUAACAUUGUGGGUAUAAUCAAAUACCUAUGCGAUUUACACCCCGUUUUCCAAGCCAUUAAAGUUGUGCAAAAUAUGCUAGUUCAACAACAAGACACGAUCAAACUCAGUAAUGGCUUGAGCAAAAUCUGCUUUGACUGCAUCUUUAACAAUCUCAAUCUUAUCCAGUUUAUGUUUAACUUAUCAUCAACUGUACCCAAUACGAAAAAAAUCCAAAAGGAUAAAGUCUUGAUCUCGCUUUGUUUUAAAAAGAGUAAAAUGGAUCAACAGAAAUUGAAUGCAAAUCAAACAUUGAUUAAAGUCUCGAUGCGAAGAGAUCUCAAUGGUAAAAAUGCCAAAUUGAAUCAAUUGUUUGAAAUGAUUUUCAAAAACAUUAACGAGAUGGAAAGAGAUAAGAAUGAUCAAUUGGUAAAUCUCGAUGGCUCGCAUUUCUUUAUUCGAUUGAACUAUGAUUUCUUGAUUAGUUCGAAUUUGAUUGAAGAGAUGAUGAAGAGGAUAACUAAAUGUGUAAUCCAAUAUCUGGUAGAAUCAUAG